AUGCGGGCCCUAGAGUUUUACAGUGGUAUCGACUCGCUUGCGAAGGAAUAUGGUCAAGUUGAUAUAUGGCUUCUGUCGCCUGCUUGCCAACCGUAUACGGUUUUGAAUCCCAAUGCGCAGGGAGCGGAGGAUCCGAGGGCGCAGUCGUACCUGCAUUUGUUGAGGAAUGUUUUACCUGGGUUGGAGGAGAGGGGGUGUUUGCCUGGGUAUGUGUUGGUUGAGAAUGUUGCUGGGUUUGAGGGUUCGACUACUCGCCAGUUGCAGCUUGAGGUUUUGAAGGAGUUGGGAUAUCAUAUCCAGGAGCUGCUUCUUACGCCUUUGCAGUUUGGGAUUCCGAAUUCGAGGUUGAGGUAUUAUAUGUUGGCGAGGAGGGGGAAGGAUUUUUCAAGGCCGGGUUUGGGUUCAUCGUCUGGUGACGGGCCCCGAGGAGAAGAAGAGGGAGUGAGCGUGUUGGAUCAAGGAGAUGAGGAAGAGUAUAGGGUUCUACGGCAUAUUCCUGGUCAGCCUGCGGAAUGGAGGGAAGAAGAUGUGGAGGAGCUGAGGGGGUAUCUUGACGAGGAGACUUCCUUGGAGGAAUCAAACGAGUUUGCGGUCUCGGACAAGGUCCUUUCAAAGUGGGGUCGGCUAUUCGAUAUAGUUCUGCCCUCUGGAAGGCGAAGUUGUUGCUUCACGCGGGGGUAUACGCAUCUGGUGGAAAGGAGUGGAUCUAUCCUUCAAAUGGCUGAAGACCUUGAUACCACGCAGACAUUUGAUAAAUUCUUGCAGGAAACGAGGGAGGGGAACGCGGAUGCGGUGAAGAUCCUCUAUCCUCUACGCUUACGAUACUUUUCGCCUUCGGAGUUGUUGCGCAUUUUUGCCUUUGAGGGGAAGGGUGGGGAUGGGCAGGGGUUUGUCUGGCCUACAGGGGUAUCGACCAAGUCAAAGUACAAGCUUAUAGGCAACAGCGUGAAUGUGCGGGUGGUUGAGGAGUUGAUUAGGUAUUUGUUGAGUUAG